CUUCUCACCCUCUCUCUGUCCUCCUCCUGUCUCAUUUCCGUCUGGCGCUUUCUGAUUUUCUAUUAAGCUUCAACUUUCUUCUUCACUUUUGUUUGAUUUUUAUCUUAAGCUAGUUUCUCUCCUGUCAGUUGCGUCUCACUUUCGCAUCUGGUUUCUGCUGACAGCAUUGGGAGCUAUAUUUUACUUUGUCUCAACUCCAAGUCCUCUAGUUGUACUGUGCCAGUUCUGCUUUAUACUUGGACCGUCCUGUCCUUUGUGCCUUUUCUCUCCUGCUGAUCUACUUUUUGUGCUUUUGCUUCACCUGCUUCUCUCCUUUUUCUUUACAACCUCCCUCCAUCCUCUUCUCUUCCACUCAAGCUCUUCUCACCUCAGAGGAGCUCUGCCCUUCUGCAUAAUGGGAAAGACAGAGCUGUGCACUCUCUAUAAAGGAUUUCUGGACUGUAUAUGCCUCUGCCUCUCUCGGAGAAACAGCGAGUCUGAUUGCGACAAUGAGAGGGACACUGAGAACGGCCACCUGAUCUACCGGAGCGGGGACGUCCUGGAAGACAGAUAUGAGAUAGUCAACACUUUAGGUGAGGGGACCUUUGGGAAGGUGGUGCAAUGUACGGACCACAGCAGAGGAGGGAGUCAAAUUGCUCUGAAGAUCAUUAAAAACCUUGAUAAAUACAGAGAGGCAGCCAAACUGGAAAUCAAUGUCCUGGAGAAGAUCAGCGAGAGAGAUCCAGACAACAGAAACCACUGUGUGCGGAUGCUGGACUGGUUUGAUUGCUACGGCCAUGUGUGCAUCUCUUUUGAGCUGCUGUCUCUCAGCACCUUCGACUUCUUGAAGGCAAACAACUUCCUGCCUUAUCCCAUUAACCAGAUCCGACACAUGGCCCAGCAGAUCUGCCACGCUGUCAGCUUUCUCCAUGACAACAAGCUGACUCACACCGACCUGAAGCCGGAGAACAUCCUCUUUGUGAUCUCUGACUACACCUUCAUAUACAACGCUGAGAAGAAGUGUAACGACCGGAGAAUAAAAGACACCACAGUGCGGCUGGUCGACUUUGGCAGCGCCACCUUUGACCACGAGCACCACUCCACCGUCAUUUCUACGCGUCAUUACCGAGCUCCAGAGGUCAUUCUGGAGUUGGGUUGGAGUCACCCGUGUGAUGUGUGGAGCAUCGGCUGCAUCUUGUUUGAAUAUUACGCAGGCUUCACACUGUACCAGACUCAUGACAACAAGGAGCAUCUUGCUAUGAUGGAGAGCAUACAGGGACCACUUCCUCAGAGUAUGAUACAGGAAACUCGAAAGCAGAAGUAUUUCCACCGUGGGCGUCUCGACUGGAACGAGGGCUCCAAAGCCGGGCGCUAUGUGAAAGCCAAGUGCAAACCAUUAAGGAAGUACCUGUCCUCACACGGGACAGAGCACCACCAGUUUUUCUUCCUCUUGGAGAGGAUGCUGGAGUACAAGCCAUCGACACGCACCUCGCUGUCCUCCGCCCUGUCUCACCCCUUCUUCCUGCCUCUCCUUCAUCCAGGACGGAGCCACGUCUGGAGGAACAGCUGUGAUACGAGCAGAUGACCCUGAACAGACCCUAGACCCUGAGGACCAGUGGCGGACUGGCCAUCGGGACGUUCGGGACGAAUCCCGAUGGGCCGGUACCGAAGUGGUCCGGUCGGACGAUGUGGGCACCCCGUUGACAAUUUACUAGCGGUACCCAAGUGGGCCGGUCGGAUAAGUCAGUAGCACCCCCCCCACUGUUGACAAUUUACUAGUCGUAAAUUAGUACAGAAGUGGGCCAGUCGAGAUGUCCGGGCUGAUUUUUAGUCCCUAAAAAGUAACCAUUUAUUUAGACCGUUAAGGUAAAUAGUCAUUAGUAAUAGCAGUCUGACUGUUCUGCCAACUUAACAGGGGUUCUCUCUUUCUCUCCAUGUGCAAUAAGUCUUCUCUCGCUUCAACAUAACCACUCAGAAUGUGCAGAUGAAUGCACAGUUGCCAAUAUGCAAAUAGGAUUACUACGUCGUCUGUCAGCUACAUCUUGCAGCAAAUGCUCGCUACUUACAUUUUUUAAGUGUUGGAAACACUGCACAAAAGUCACGUUCCAUUAAGCUGUCUUUUUGGUCUCCACCCAAUCCAAAGGAAAAUAUAUUACUCCUUCGUUGCUAAAUGAUCCAUUAAGCUCAUAUUUGUCUGCCGUUUGGGCGCAGUUAGCUAAAAGUGCUGCUAGUGAAAGCAGUCAAAGAAAUACAAGACAGUUACAUUUGUCUAUCAGAAAGAUUAAACAUUGUGAAACACAAGGGUUUUGCACCCCUUCAAAUGCUAACCAGUUUUUGAUACUGGCUCAACGGUUUCAGACUUUCUUAAAAGGUGAUUUUUCUUUUCUUUUUUCAAUGUAAUAUUGUUGCAUUUUAACACAGAUAAGUGCAAAUUGAUUUUAGAAAAGGGCACUGUGUUUCAUCGAAACAAGAAUGUAACUUGCAUUACUUGAUUUUUACCGAACAUAUUUAACAAUCUGCUAAUAUAUUUUUGUAUCAAACUGAAUUUAACAGUGGAAAAAGCAGCAUAGGUUCACAAAUCUUUUUUGUGGGAAAUAAAUAUACAAGAAUGCAAGUAAAUGGGCUUAAACCUGCUGAUCCUCACAUGCAAGUAAAUGAGUAGCCUUCUUCAAAAUGUAAACAAAAUAAAAGUAUCUCUAAAAUUUAGAGGAUAUAGAUACAAAAAUGUAAGAAAUGGAAAGUAUAUUUUUAGUUUGUCAAAUUAUAACAAUUAUUUCUGUCUCUUUUUCAAUAAAAUGUGUAUGAAAUUA